GAUCAGCAAUGUGGUUUAAUUUCAGACGCAAACGUUGGAGUGGCAAGAACCCUUGCGUGACAUCUGGUAUUGUAUGACCCCUAUGUGGUGCAGCAAACGCCAAGCGGGAUAGCCUGGAGCUGGCAAGCUGGGUAGACGCGCCUGUGUGGACAGCGGUGAGGUUUCCACUCGGUCAACCCCUCCAGUAGGAAUGAUCUUAUCCAAUGUCACGUCGUCCCAUGCCCGUUGUUUUGGGUAGCCAUGUCCACUGCCUAGGAACAGCGCCCGCAUCAGAAUCGACGUAUCGAACCACUCACCAACCUCUGUGGCCCUAUCCGUCCCACCUUCAAACGUCCACCCACCUACUAGUAUCAACACCUUGGAUCUCUAUCAAAACUGACCUUGGGUUUCCUGAACUGUUGCGAGGACAACACCACAACCUUUCCCUGUCCACAGACGGCGGGUGUUUUGUUCCAUCCAGUAGCGAAUCCCUCCAUCUUUUUCGUUCAAAACACAACAGUCUUGCGCAAAGACAACAAUGGCUUCUAAACCCCCACCACCAUCACGCGCCGCUGCCGAAGAUACCGCAACGGCUCAGCAGUCGACAGUUAAGACAGCAGAGCGGACAUAUCCCUUCAUUUCCCGCCGUGAGAUCGAGGCCUUGAUUUCAGAAGGUCGCCAUAUCAUCAUUGUCGAUCAAUAUGUCCUGAAGGUAGACGCUUGGGUCAAGUAUCACCCCGGAGGUGACAAGGCCAUCAAGCACAUGAUUGGGAGGGAUGCUACCGAUGAAGUGAACGGGUUACAUUCCCCAGAAGCAAGAGCUCAGAUGAACAGGUACAGAGUGGGUAGGAUAUCAGGGAGAUGGAAGAAUUUCUUGCCGCCGAUACAAGGAGGCAAGUUCAGGCCAAGAGGAGAAGAAGGUGAAGAAUGGGAGGAGGAGUCCCCAGAAAUCAGGGCCAGAGCUGCGAACUACGAUGAGGAUACUAGCUUCGGAUCGUCAUCAUUUGCGAGUCAGGCUGCCUCUACUGAAUCCGAGAGCUCACGGACCCCUUCGCCCGCCCCUUCCCCGGUCUUUGAUGAUGGAGAAUCGGCGCCGGAAUUGAACCAACUCCGCGCCCGUUCUAACGCCCGGUCAAAGUCGGCUGUAAGCCGAUCCGAUUCCUUCACCUCGAUUUCCUCCAUUGAGGAUGAGAAGGCCAGUGCCAAGGGCGCCGAUGGUGGCCCUAGGGAUGGCAUGGCCCAUCUCGACGCUCUAACAAGGCAAGAGAUCAGGCUCGAUCUCGACAAGUACCCUCCGCUCGAUGAGGGAACGCAAGACACCGUCAUCCGAAAGUAUCGUGAACUCAACGAGCGCAUCAAGGCGGAGGGACUCUAUGACUGCAACUAUGUUGCUUACGCCAUCGAAGGAUUCCGCUAUACUCUCCUCUUCUGCGGGUGUCUUCUGUUCCUAAAAUGGGGUUGGUACGUUCCUAGUGCGUUCUGUCUCGGCUCUUUCUGGCACCAGCUAGUCUUCACUGCCCAUGACGCCGGACACAUGGGCAUCACGCACCAUUUCCAUGUCGAUACUGUCAUCGGCAUCAUCAUUGCCGACUUCAUCGGUGGUCUCAGUCUAGGUUGGUGGAAGCGCAACCACAACGUUCACCAUAUCAUCACCAACAGCCCUGAGCACGAUCCGGACAUAGAACACCUCCCCUUCUUCGCCAUUUCCCAUCGUUUCUUCACUAAUCUGCGGUCCACAUACUAUGACCGUGUCAUGGAGUACGACAUCUUUGCCAAAUUCUUCGUCUCCCUCCAGCACUACCUCUACUACAUCAUCAUGAUGUUCGCCCGCCUGAACCUCUACCGUCUCUCGUGGGAGUACUUACUCAAGGGCCAGGCACCCAAGCACGGUCCUGCCUGGUGGCACCGGCAUCUCGAGCUUGUCGGUCAGGUCUUCUUCUGGUGCUGGUUCGGUUAUGGGAUCAUGUACAAGGCAAUCGAUGGCAACUGGAACCGCUUUGUUUUUUUCAUGAUCUCCCACGCGGUCACCAGCCCGUUGCACGUGCAGAUCACUCUGUCACACUUCGCCAUGUCCACGUCUGAUCUGGGCCCUCAUGAGUCCUUCCCGCAGCGCAUGCUGCGCACCACCAUGGACGUCGACUGCCCCGAGUGGCUUGACUUUUUCCACGGCGGCCUCCAGUUCCAGGCCAUUCACCACUUGUACCCGCGCAUUCCUAGACAUAACCUUCGUAAGACGCAGAAGCUAGUCCAAGACUUCUGUAACGAUGUUGGGAUCCCUUAUGCGCUGUACGGAUUUGUGGAAGGCAACAAACACGUCAUCGGGAGGCUAGCUGAUGUAGCUAGGCAGGCAGCUAUCUUGAGGAAGUGCCAGCAGACUAUUGUUGAUGGCAGCAUCGGACAUUCUCAUGCUCACUGAUUGUGACGCUUUCGAAUGAGGGAAACGUAUUGCACAUGGAACUUUUAUAAAAGGAGGGGAUGGUCACAGGCGAGCGACGAGAUAUGGUAGAUGGGCUACACGGGCUACAAUGGCCCACAAGUCUGGAUUAAAGACAAAGCCACGCUUUGUUCAGUAUAUAUAUAUUUUUUUCUCUACUCUAAAAAAAUUGUAAGAAAAAUCGGUAUUCGGGCUAUGCAUACCUGUACUUUCCUUGAGCAGGCAGUUUUGCACGUACGUCCUAGAGCAAGGCCAUUCAAGAGAUAUCACUACGUCUGGUCUGACUGUGAAUCAAACUAUAAACGACACUCUGGGACCUGAGCUUUCCGGGGGUGUCCUUGUGAUUGGUUUCGACCCACCGGACGGAAGGAUGUAGUUAGCACCUGACCUGCCAUAUGAACUGUGUACAAAGGUUGUUGA